CUCCCAACCACAAUACCAUUAAAUACAAUAAAUAUGCCACGCCCAAAACAAAAAACCAAAUCCCAAGACCUGGCCCGCAUCCGCACAAACCAGCAACGAUGCCGGCAACGCAGGCGCGACUAUGUGACUGAGCUGGAGCAGAGAAUUGCAGAGUAUGAAGAUAGUUUUGGGCGGAAAGUAGAGACCUUACAGACGAGUAUUGAUGAGCUGAAGAGGGAGAAUGAGAGGUUGAAGGGGUUGUUGGGUGCCAGUGGCGAGGGGAGGGGAGCUGCGGAGGGGAUAAGUAUUACGGAUACCAUUGCUGCUGCCACUUCUAUUGAGACUGGAUCUGGGGCUCGGGCAAAUGUCACUAGCCUUGAGAAGAGUUUUCGAUUAUUGCCCACGGGUGAUAUAGACCCGGGCCUUGAUGGUUCUGUGGAAGGUACAGAGACGGAUUCUCCGGCUGGUCCGGAACCAACGCUUUUGCAAUCGUUCAAGACUUUGCCGGACUUGAUUGAAAAUCAACUUGAUGGCUUGGAUAUGUCGCAACCUUCUCUCCAAUGGACUACGAGCAUCCCACCUUCGCCACCUAGUAUGCUUCGCAGUAUAUCUACAGAGCUCGCAACCCCAAAUCUAAGCGACUACUUUUCAAAUAUGCUCGAUCCUCAAUCAACCUGCUGUUCUCAACCAGACUGGCUCCAAUGGCUCUCUACUACUCCUAUGGACAUAGAGCCCACCAACACCGUCCAAGAGACAGAUACAACACUCUGCACCGCUGCCUUCGGACUCGUCAUGCGCUGUAACAAGCGGAAUGCAAGCAUUGGGGAAAUCGAAGCAAAGUUACGUUGCGGGUAUCGAAGUGCGGUGUUUCAAUGGGAGGGGUGUAGGGUUGAGAAUCGGGUUUUGCUUGCUGUGCUUUCUGAGAUAGCAUAGUUUGUCUCUGUAUCUUGGUUAUAUACAAUUCAAGCGUAUCUGCACUAAGGCUUAAUGGCGUAGAUUUGGAAGGAAC